CCUGAACUGAAGUGUGUUGAAAGUCAUUCUUCUUUUCCCCCAACGAGGCUGACGAUCACCUCCGACCAUCUAUUCCCACUUCUCCCCCUCCCCUCCUCCCCCUUCAUGAACUCAUUCAGUUCUUUCAGUUUUUCCUUCUAUCAGUGCCGGCUUUCUUACUUCAUUUGACUUUCUCGUGAUCGAUCGUCCCGAUCCCAUCACACACCGGCUACCACCAUAAAUCGACCAUCAGUCGACCAUGGCAUCAACUCAUCAAUAUCAUCAUGACACCGAAAGCCUUGAUUACUCCUCUGACGGCUCCGACGAUGUUCCCUUCCUCCCAAAUGCCAUCAAUCCCUCCCGCCGUGUCAAACGAUACACCCGCCCAUUAAUCGAAUACGUGCGCAACGAAUGGCAAUCCAACACCAAGUACUCCGGCUCGUCGCCCGACCGGUCAGAAAUACCCGGAUGGGUGCAAAUGGUCAUGUCCAUUAUCACCGCCCCACGCUUCCGACGCUAUGCAAUCAUCUAUACCACACUUUUCAUAUCUUGUCUGCUGGGCUGGGAGUUCGUGCUGUCGCCUCGGUUGAAGGAGCAUUCCGAAUUGACGAAGUCGCUGGAUCCGAACUCGAAGGAGAAAGUGGGCGGCUGGUACGGGACUAACGCGCUUCCAAGCUUUGAGGGCGUCAUUCAGUUGAAGAACUUGGAUCCAUCGCUGCUGCCGGCAAGGGAAGCGCCGGGCCCGGGCAAGGAUAGCUCCCGACGAUUGAUUGUGGUGGGGGAUGUGCAUGGAUGUCGGAUUGAAUUGGAACGCCUUCUCGACGAAGUCACCUUCAACAACAAGACUGAUCACCUCAUCUUCACGGGGGACCUUAUUAGCAAAGGUCCCGACAGCCCCGGCGUGGUCGAUUUAGCCCGGAAGUACUCCGCCUCGUGUGUACGCGGCAACCACGAAGAUCGCGUCUUGUUGGUGCGACAGGAACUCGCCGAAGUGGAUGCCAUGACGGACACAUCAGGCGAUGAGUUCAUGGACGGGUUGUCCACAUCCGGGGCCCAGAAAGAUCUCAAGUUGGCGCGCAAGCUUACAGACGAGCAGGCAGAAUGGCUUGAUGCAUGCCCCGUGAUCUUGAACGUGGGCCACAUUCCCACCAUGGGCCAGGUUGCCGUGGUGCAUGGCGGGCUGGUUCCGGGCGUAGAUUACGACAAACAAGAUCCGUUCAGCGUGAUGAACAUGCUGACUAUCGAUCUGGAUACACAUCUUCCAAGCUCUAGUCGUGAUGGGAAGAAGUGGACCAAGUUUUUCAACGCGCACCAAUCCGUCGCCUAUAAAUCUACGAAGCACGCCGACUCGCAGGCUACUGAUACUCAAGCCACGACCGUCAUAUAUGGUCAUGACUCCAAGUCCUCCCUCAGCAUCAAAACUUAUACCAAGGGUUUAGAUUCUAGCUGCGUCAAGGGCGGAAAACUGACCGCCUUUGUCAUCACCGAUGGAGGUGAACAGCAAGUGAUACAGGUUCGGUGUGACAACUAUCUGGGGGAAUAACGUUCGAUAUAAGUCUUGUUUAUGUUUUGGUUUCUUCUACAUCCAUGAUUUCCUGCUGGUUUGGAUAGGAUGUAUUGAAGGGACUUUUGGGAUCGGUAUGCAUGUGCAUGUGCAAGGCGUUCGGGGUCUCGGUCUUGGUUAGAUGCAUUAGCCUAACCAUGUUCAAAAUAUUUGUAAAUUUACC